AAAAAAAAAAAAAAAAAAAGCUCGAUUUGCCAAUCGGAAACUUUCCGCAUGGGGAAAUUCUCUCCACCUCCACCAAAGGGUCUUCAUUUAGGCAUUUCUGCUUUACGCCUGCUUCUGCUUCUGCUUCCCCUCAUCGCGACAGACCGCUCUUUGCUUCUCUCCGUCCUUUAUUCUCUCUACCACAUAGUCCACACUUUUAUCUGUCUCUGUGUGAAGGCUCCUUUGCACCUUCUCCGUACACGGAGAAUAUCCCCGGGUGAAAUCAUAAUAUGUCGACAGGCACCAGAAUCCCUGGCGGGGACACUUUCCCCGCUUCCCAAAGUACUCCCCUUCCACUGCCUGACAUCCAAUCCAUCCAUCAUGCUGACCCGAACGAGGAAACGGUGGCUGACCCGGAUCCGGAGAAACGAGUCGAUUCAUCAUACCAGGAAUGGAAUCAAAACCGCCAGGAGCCCGAAGAUGGUCCGCGGAGGUCAUUAUCCUCUGAUGAAGGACAACCGUCGGGUGCCUCUGCCCACACAGCCCGACUGAGUCGAGUGACAACAGAUGCCGAUGGAAACACCUACCCCGAAGGCGGCCUCCAGGCGUGGCUGGUCGUCUUUGGGAGCUUCAUGGGGCUCUUUGGUUCCCUCGGUCUGGUCAACAGUGUUGGAACCUUUCAAGCCUAUAUCGAAGAGAACCAACUAAAAGACUAUUCUUCCGGUAGCAAUGGAUGGAUCUUCGGAAUGUACGCCUUCCUGACCUUCUUCUGUGGCGUGCAGAUUGGUCCCAUCUUCGACGCCAAAGGUCCUCGGUUCCUCGUCCUCGCUGGUUCGAUCCUGGUUAUAGUGCAGAUGAUUGCCAUUGGCUUCUGUACGAAAUACUGGCAUUUUAUGCUGGUAAUGGGUGUCACCGGGGGUAUUGGAGCAUCGCUCAUCUUCACCCCCGCCAUAUCAGCCAUCGGACACUGGUUCAACGAGAAACGUGGUGUUGCGACGGGCAUCGCGGCAACCGGUGGCUCUGUUGGAGGUGUCGUGUUUCCACUCAUUCUGGAGAAAAUGUUCCCCAAAAUCGGCUUCGCGUGGGCCACCCGGGCGGUGGCUUUAAUCUGUUUAGUUCUAGUCAUUACUGCGACUAUUCUGAUCAGAUCGCGACUCCCCAAAAAGCCGGCUUCCAAGGAGAAUGUCCUUCCAGACUUUCGCAUCUUCCGUGAACCCAAGUUCGCUCUCACAACUAUCGGGAUCUUCUUUGUUGAAUGGGGUCUCUUCAUUCCUCUCAGCUAUAUCUCUUCAUAUGCUUUGGCUCACGGUGUCUCGCGCGAGUUUUCAUACCAAAUCCUGGCCAUCCUCAAUGUUGGCUCAUUCUUUGGACGAUGGCUCCCCGGUUUCUUCUCCGAUUUUCUAGGGCGUUUCAACACCCUCAUUGCGACAGUCGCUCUUUGUUUGAUUUGUAACGCUUGCCUGUGGCUCCCCGCUGGCGACAACCUUCCCCUGUUGAUCGUCUAUUGCGUUGUAUUUGGUUUCGCAAGUGGCAGCAACAUCAGCCUCACACCUGUCUGUAUCGGACAACUUUGUAAGACCGAGAACUAUGGGAGAUACUACGCUACAGCGUACACUAUCGUAAGCUUUGGCACUCUCACAGGUAUCCCAAUUGCGGGCGAGAUCCUUUCUCGCUGCAAUGGAGAGUAUUGGGGCCUGAUAGCAUUCACAACCUGUUGCUACGCUGCUGGCCUUGCAUGCGUCACCGCAGCCAAGUUAAUUCAUGUUGGUUGGCGUCAACCAUGGGCAAUCUAUUAAAAUUGAUCUCGAACCUCGAAGAACCGAGUUGGCAAAUUUUGAGGUCAUGACUCUAACACCAUCUCAUUCAAAAAGGAGCGACCAUUUCAACAUGGAGCCAAAAAAAUAUAUAUAUAUCACAACAUCACAAUUUAAUGGCUCAAGAGAAACGACUCGACAUGACUUAGACUUUCGGAAGUCUAGAAACGAAAAAAAGGGUUCUAAUGUUUGUCUUUUUUUGGUUUCGAAUUUUUUGACCAAGGGAUUGAUUAAAUUUUUACGGGCAACGGCCAUGGAUUAUAUGAUAGAAAAAGCAUUCUAAAAGCAUGCUGGGCAUAGAUCAUCUAUACAAUAAUACACUCUUUGGAUUCAACAAACAGAAAUAAUGAUAUGAUUCAGACGUAUUGACGG